AAAAUAUAUGCUCAAGUAGCAGAAUCUGCUGUCUCUAAACCUGCUAGUUCAAAAUCUACUCAAAAUUCUGAGAAAACUGAGAAGAAUAUUACUCAGACCUCUGUUCACAAAAAGAAAAAAAAAGAAAUGCAUAAAGAGAAGAACUUUCAAAUCUUCAGAAAUAGAAGACUUAUUCUCAAA